AUGGAGGCCAGGUCAUUGUCGACAACAACAGAAAAGCUGGUUGUCUCCAGAGCAAUAGAUAUAUAUGGAGUAGCAGACGAGGAUUCGGUAACAAAGUACAUCACAGCAAUGUAUGGGUACAUCCACCCAAACAGAUGGAAGACAAUCUACCAGGAGGUGCUUGACACAUGUGCAAAACAUGGAUACUCGUCUCCUGUUGAUUUCUGUGAGGACCUGAGACUUGAUGUUGCAAGGAAGAUGUACAUGGAGAAGGCAUUGCUCUAUAACAGGCUUUUGGAGGGAGAGGAGGUGGAAUGGCCUGAACAGCACAUGGAACACGACUGGAACAUUGGAGACAUCGAGAAAAUAGAUGAGCUUUCCAAAGGGUCUGAGGACAUUCUUGACAAGAGACUCCUGUAUCCUACUGUAGACCCGCGAAUCAUAAAGCAGCAUGUGGAGGCCAUGAGUAAGUGGCAGAGUAGAGCUGAAGAAAGUCGAAAUGGAGUAGGCAAGGCCGAGGAAAAGAAAAAAGAGUAUGGGAUAGAGGACAAAGAAAGAAGAAGAUUUUAUCAUAGAAUGUCUAAUGAAGAGAAGGAACUUGACGAUUUCUUGGACAGAAUAGAAGAAGAACACUACAACAUGCCACAAAGUGGUGUUGCCCCAAACAGACUAAGAGAAAAAUAUCCCAUCCUAAAGGCUUCUCCAAUAGGAAGCGGAUAUCCGGGAUUCCGAAUGGAAGGAUCUGAUGUUUCUCUAGAAAACCAGUACAGAGCAGUUGUAAAGAAAAUCCUGGGAAAAACCAUGCAUGGGAGUAAUGAUAGGCAAUGGAGACAGGAACUCCGAAUUAUCGUGCAAUAUCACAUGAGAAGAAUAGGAAUGGUUAACGAGAUUGAAAAGGUGAAUGCAUUGAUAGACAGUAGCACUAUGUCACACACGCUAAUGAACAUCUUGAUGCUUCUCCAGGAGCUGGUCGAAAGGCCAAGAAACCAAGAGCUGGUCCAGGACUACCUAUUUUUCAAAAAGGAUAUUCUUAUGUUUGGUAAUUACUACAGAAAAUGA